GUGGCCAAUUCUCCGAGCAGGUGAAACCUAGCUUUUUUAGUCUAGAGGGAAAUACUGUGGCCAAAACGUUGGAGCCGGUUUCCAGGGGAAGAGCUGUCUGCUUCAAGGGCAGGACUGCCUAGUGACCUCAAAUGACUUGAUCCAUAAAAAAAGGAAUAUCUCAGGUCUCUUUGGCGCUAAGUAUGUGGUUCUGAGGCUCAAGGGAAGGAAGCAGUACACACAGCUAGACAUCAUGCGAUCACUGAAGAAAGGAUGCACUCAGAUCUUGGUCCUCCUGCCCUUAACUGUUGGGCUCCUAUUUUUCCUUUUCCAUGACCGAGUCUUACAGCAUCCCUACAUGAACCGUUGGCAAGGUUCAGAAACCCUCGAGCCUCAGCACCUAAAAGUCCUAGAGUGGCAGCAGCAGCAAAAGGUCUCAGAGACCCAGCCCCCCAUCGUGUUUCAACGCCCUGUGGAACCUUGCUUUGCCAACGACUCUGUGGCCAACACGUCUGGCUUUGCGGCCGAACCCCGGAACAUCCAGAACUUCCUCCUUUACAAACAUUGCCGGGAUUUCCCGAUCCUUCAGAAUGUCCCCCCAAAUAAAUGUACAGGGUCUCCCGGAGCCUUGGGUUCUCCCUUCCUCCUUCUGGCCAUCAAGUCAUCUCCUAAGAACUAUGAGAGGCGGGAUCUCAUUCGUCGGACAUGGGGAGAGGAGAGGGAGGUCAAGGGAGCCACCAUCUGCCGGCUCUUCUUGGUGGGCACAGAGUCUGAUAUCCUGGAAGCUCAAAAAGUGAACCAGCUCCUGGCCAUGGAGGCCCGGGCUUAUGGUGAUAUUAUCCAGUGGGAUUUCCAUGACACUUUCUUCAAUCUGACCCUGAAGCAGGUCCUGUUUCUCGAGUGGCAGGCUCUCCACUUCCCUGAUGCUUCCUUCAUCUUCAAUGGUGAUGACGAUGUCUUUGCUCACACGAACAACAUGGUAGUCUACCUGCAAGGCAAUAAAGCAGACGAGCACCUGUACGUGGGACACGUCAUACGUAACGUGGGGCCCAUCCGAAUACCAUGGAGCAAAUACUUCGUCUCCAAGAUGGUGAUGAAGGAAGAGAGGUACCCCCCCUACUGUGGGGGCGGUGGGAUCCUGAUGUCCGGAUUCACAGCUCGGGCCAUCCGGCACGCCUCCCACGCCAUCCCUCUCUUCCCCAUUGAUGAUGUCUAUCUGGGCAUGUGCCUGGAGCACGAAGGGCUAGCCCCAGCCAGGCACAUGGGGGUCAGGAUGGUCGGGGUUCAAUCACCAUCCCCCCGCAUAGGGUCCUUUGACCCCUGCUUCUAUCAGGACCUGCUGCUGGUUCAUCGCUUCUUACCCUAUGAGAUGCUCCUGAUGUGGGAUGCCCUCAAGAAGCCAGAUCUGAAAUGUAGCAAGUCAGUCCUGGCUACCCCGAGUAACUGAGGGCGGGUCUAGAGGACUAGAGGGUCAGACCCUGAAGAGACUGAGACAGCACGUGAUAACUCAGAACAAACUAGGACAGAAAACGGCUGAAUCAACAUGUGACCUUGGCCAAGUCAUUUCCCCGAAUCUGAAUCGGCUUUCUCCUAUGUAAAAUGGGGAGCUCACUGGACAUGACCUACCUCACAGGGCUGUGUGAGGAACACAUCUUGUAAGCUUACAGAAAUGUGAAUUUUCACUGGGGGUUGGAGGGAACAUUGAGUCUCUGUGGUACGCCCAACUGGAAUGACCUUGGAUGAGUCCCUCUCCAAUAUCCUACCUCGAUUUCCUUAAUCAGCAGAGUGGACAGAGUCCUUCCCCUAGGCUGCAGCGAGGGUGAGAGAAGAUCACAGCUGGGACCAGGGCAUAGGGCCACACAAUUUGAGGAAAAAUUUGUUUAAGGAGGGAAGUGGGUUUUUUACAGGCUUUACUCAAAAAGUGAGGAAGGAGGGAAACAAGCACUUAUCUAUUAUGUGCCAGGCAUUGUACUAAAUCACUUAUCAAAUAUUAUCUCACUUGAUUCUCACAAACAAAUGCUUGUGAAUUCAUUAAUUAAGGGAAGAAAAUCCCCAUUUUACAGUUGAGGAAACUGAGGCAGGCAGCGGUUAAGUGACUUGUCUGGAGUCACACAGCUAGUAAAUAUGAAACCAGAUUUGAAUUCAGGUCCAGUUCUCUCUCCUCUACGCCACCCUGCAUGUGGCUUCUCUCUUCCUCUCUCAGGGGUGAGAUCAGGAGUGGUCUCUAGUCAUCCCCCUGCAUUACUCUGAAACCCGAGGAGCUGGGGAAAGAGUGGGGCCCCACAAGGCAAGCUCUGCACAGCCUACAUCAUCUUCCCGCCUAAUUUGGGCUGAGGGUUGUUUUUUCUGUGGAGUUUAUUCAGAGAUCCAGAGGACAGAUAUGAGCCUCUCUCUUCCCCGACUUAAAUCCCUAAGGAAUUUAGACUCCUAUCCUUAGAAUGUUGCUUUUUCCCUCCCCACCCAGAACCCCUGUUUAACUUUUAUUAAUUAUCUGCUAAGAGCUAAAAGAGUUGAGAGUGCGAAGAAAAACAAAAAUCCAUCCCGGCCCUCCAGUAAUUUCUUGUAUAACAGGGGAUCUGGAGAUUCUUUGCCUCGGUUGGGUACCCAACCUUCAGCACUGAAUGGGUGUUGCCUAAAUCAAAUCGAAACCUGUUGAAGACCUUAGCUUAAAAGGCCAAAGUCUCCCAUUGCAUCCUGGGCCAUCUGCAAUUGUCCUGAGUUCUAUCUGGCCACUGGGCCCAGAGGGCUCUGGGGGGAAGUGAGGCAGGGGACCUUGCCCAGCCUCCCUCACUUAAAUCCAGUUCACUUGCACGCCACGUCAUCACCUCCCUGAUUUCAGGGUCUUGGAGAACAAAGGACAAAAUCCACAAUGUAAAUCACUAGGUAAACAGAGAGACAGAAUGGCUGGAAAGGAACUUUGGAAGGGGAAGCACAGGAUGGGGCUGGGGGCUAGGAGAGGGGGCCUGAGAAUGGCCUCUUGCUUAAGGUGGAUUUUUGAGCUCAGUCUUGAGAGAAUACAGGGGAACUAAGAAGCAGAAGAGGGAAGGUGUUCCAGGCACGAGGCACAGGCAGUCAUUGUCGAGAAAAGGCCCUAGAGAAAAUGACUGCCUUAGGAAAAGGCCAGGUUGGGAGGAUACCUUUGACAGUGCAUAAAGCCACUGGAUUAGCUGCUUGCCCUAAAUGGGAGUAGAUUCGAGCAGCAGAUUUGGAGUGAGAUCUGCUCAUGAAGCCUGUUUUUAACAGGGACUGCUUGAUCUGACUGGGCCAGUUGUGCACUGAUUAACCUAAGAUCAUGAUUAUAAUUUGCCAGCAAAUGGGAACUUGAAGGUUAUCUCUUCCAGAGCCUUCAUUUUGUGGGAAUGCCUUGGAGUUAUUUGGUCAAGAUCGUGGGAUUGUAGCCUAAAGGCAGAAAGACCCCAGAAGCUUUUGAAACCAGCCUCUUCCUGAAAAAAAAA